AUGACCUCCGACCGGCCGCUCGGCGGAGUCGCCCUCAAUCACGCCCGUGUCGCGCUCCCGGCGUCGUUCAGGACCGACGACGCUGGCGGCGAUGCCACCGACACCAACGCCAACGCCGUCACCACCGCCCGCGCGCCUGUAGGCGGGGAUUUCGCGGUGCAGUCCCCGGUCGACGCGACCUCCUCGCGAGCCUCCCACCGCCCGAUUGCCUCGCCGCUCUCCGCCACCGACGCUCCUGCCCCGACCUUUGCCCCUCCGUCCUCCGGUGCUGCCUCUCUCCCGACCGCGCUGCUGCGACAGCACUCGGCCGACGGCGACGACCGCUCCUCCCAGAGCCAUCCCCGUUCGACCACCGACUCCCAGGAUACCACCAUGACCGCCUCUACCGACCCGGCCUUUACGCCUCCCGCCAGCGAGUCCGGCACCUGUCCGCCCGGCCUGUCCAGCCAGGAGAGCCAGCUGCUUCAACUGUCUCAGAUCGCCGCCGCCCAGGACAAGAUGGCUACUGACGCCUGGGGCUCAAGAAAGCGCAUGGCCGACGGGGAGGUCAAGACUCGCUCCGAGAGCCAAAGCCCUGUCAAGCGACACUCUCGGAAUACUAGCACCGUUAGCAAGGCUUCCACGGCGGGGAGUUAUAUUGGAGAGUUGUCGGCCGAGCUGCGGACGCGUCUCUCGUAUGCCAUGAUCAAGGUCAACCACGGCUGGCAGUCCAACUCCCUGGACGAGGUCGAGUCUCUUGCUUCUCAUGCCGCUUCCCCUACCUCGAGCACCUCCACAGUCCAUCGCCGCCAUGGCUCCUCUGCUAGCCCUCGACUAGCCAUCAGUUCUGCUCCCACAGCUUCAGCACUCUCCCCGUACGAACCAGUCAGCCAGCUUCGAAGAUCCAACUCACCUCCAAGGACAGCGUCUGGCAAGCCCACCCUGGGACCUCCAGCUUCCAUCCAGCCCUCGAUGAGUAUGCCUGCUCCGCGCUCGAACCCGCGUCGCAACUCAAAUCCUCACUAUACCCCUACUCUCCUGUCACAUUCGCACUCGGCCUCCCCUCACACCCCAGCCCAACCCACAGUGCAGACCGGAUCAAGGUCUAGGAAUAUAGUAGACCCCAUCCUAUUCUCACCACACCAAAACGUGAGGGAACAAGAUGCCAUUGAGUCGUUAUUGUUCAUGAGUAGCCCAGGCAACUCGGCCAAUUUGAAGCACGCCUUUUCGCCCACAGGAUCGCCGGGACCGCAUUCGGGGCUUGUGAGGAACCAACCAGGACGACACGCCCUACCAUCAGGGCCCAGGAAACCGCUGCCGUCUUCUCAACGGCAACAGUAUCAAAGCAGGAAACUCGGGUUUGAAAAGUCACCCGGCAUGCCUCCGCCUCCCGGCUCACCAAUGGAUCUGGACUCGCCGCAACAGCCCUACCACACACCGAACCGGGGGACCCCGCGGCGACGCAUGAAUGGCAGCAGCCACUUGAGGGGUGCCUUGUCGCUACCCAGUGGGUUGGGCGUUGGAAACGGAACGGCCAGAAAGAUGUUGCGGGAUGAAGAUAUUGAGAGGAUGCUUGAUCGAGCGGGGGCAGAGGCGGCGGACAGCUCCGAUGAUGAGGAGAUUCAGAUUCCGCAACCAAGGAGCGGUGUCGCGGGCGUCAUGCACGUGUAG